CCCCGUGGGUUUUGGCCAGGGAGAUGCUAUCAACUGCCUUCCAGCUUCCACCGAACUUCUCUAUAGCGUCAUCGUCCUUGUCUUCGUCCACGUAUUUAUCUUCGUCGUCGUCAUCACCCACAGCAUCUUCUUCAUCGUCGCCAUCGUCAUCACCAUCACCACCUACAACGUCAAGGCGAUCUUCAUCGAGUCAGCGGCCACAUCGUUGUUCCUCGUCCUCGUCGUUAUCGUCCACGUCGUCAAAAGUGGUCACAACUCGUCGCCGUCCCACCGCCUCCAACCCUCCCCUGCUUGGCGCGUUCUGCCGUCUGCCCUUCUGUCUCCUCUUCCUCCUCCUUCUCGUCCUCUGUGCCGCGAGUGCUGACUCCCUCCACCCUCCUCCCUCCUCCUCCUCCUCAUCCUCUUCCUCCUCGGACUCCACCAUGAACCACAGACACACCCGCAGUAACGGCGACAGCGGCGGUGGCAAUGGCGAGCCGACCAGUUACUCAAGAUCAUCAUCAUCAUCAUCAUCAUCAUCGCCUUCAUCAUCGUCAUCAUCGUCGUCGCGUUCCGACUUCUUCCUGCACGAUCAGCCGCCCCGUGAGGUGCCCCAGGGUGUCCAGACACCGGACGAUUGGCAUAGCCAGUCCCAGGACAGGAUCAAGUUCCUGCGGGCGCAGAAUGACCAGUACCUGCAGCUCCACAACGGAAUGGUCACGGGGACACUACAGGAGAGGCCAGACUACGGUAUCGUGAGGUUCAACACGCACGUGAACCACGUGAUCAUCCAGAGCUUCAUCGACCCCCACUACCUGUGCAUGAACUCCUCAGGGAGGCUGUAUCUGUCGAAAAGUCUGAGCCAGGACUGCUACAUGAAGGAGCGGAGCCUGUAUCCUAACGGCUCUUACUGGCUCUACUACGAGUUCGUGCACCACAGCCGGCCGGACCGGAAGCUUCUCCUCGGCGUCGACUGCGACUCGUUGCCUGGAUACGAAGCCAACGCCAGCAACCAGACGUCCAGGUUCAUGUACGACAAGGUUCCGGAGGAGCAGAUAAAGGCCCUGAAGCAGAUGUUGCAGGUGUCCCAGCGACCGGCGCCGGCCGAGAAAUGCACGCCCCAACCCUGGAGGGCACCUGAAAAAGACCGCAGAGCUCUGCGUCAGAAGCUGAAGGCUCGCUGGUGCUGGAAUAUCAAGCGGAUCAGCCGCAAUACGAAAUACAUCCGAAACUGCUACAAGAAACACAAGCAGUGUCAGGCUCCGAGUGAGCUGGGCCCGGCCGACGCCGCCCGCCCGCCGAGAGCCAAGAUCUGCGUCUGUGACAUUCUGCGACAGAUGAUGCGGAAGCCGAAGAGAGCCAAGAGGAAGUGUUUGAUCAGGAAGGUGGAGCGUUAUCUCACACACAGGAAGCUUAGGCCUGACCUCAGGAGAAUCAAACUACUGGCGCAGGCUUUGUUAAAACAUUACCAGGCAAUUUCUCGUCGGAUUCGAAAUCUUACGAAAAAGAAACGUCAGCGAGAGAAAAAGGAUGGGGCGGCGGUGGCGUCGGAGGAGGCGGAGGGGCAGGAUCACUACCCAGUCCUGAAAAGAAAACGGAAAAAGUCUCGGCAUCGAAUCGUCAAACUGAACCAGUUAUUGGACAAAUACCAGAGUGAGCUAGUUCUCCCGCCGGGGGCCGAGUCCGGGUCGGGGUCAGCCGGAGGUCAGUCAGCGGCGGGGUCCGACGGCAGCGCGCCGACCUUGUCUCCAGAGUUCAAGGCCGACUUGGAACAACUGUCUCCGAAACGACACCGGACCCGACACCCCAGGAAACAUAAGGGACGGCGCCGGCGCAGACGACAGAUGGCGCGUAAACAGAAGCGGAAGUUGGCCAUCUCCUCGGCCCCGGACUAGGCAGAGGUCAAAGAACAUGUACUCUUGUACUGUUACCUAAUCGCUCGCUGGUACUGACGUCCGAGCUCUACGCUUUAACCACUUCCCCCCGGGGGGAGGGGCCCGAGGAGGCAGAGACUAGGUGGCUUCUGUGUGGAUCUACUGGGAGUUGUUCCGUGUGUGGCAAGGGCCUUUUCGGUUCUGUUGAUAAUGGGCCGUUUGUAGAUAAGAGCUUUCCUUCACGGCAUCACCAGAAACAGAUCGCAGAAUCUUCCCCGAAUGGAUCUGCUUCACUUAGAGCUACAAUUGUUCCCAAGCAUGCCGUGUGUGUGGUGUGCCAAGAUCCGAACGUUUGUCACUGGUUAUCUAUGGCAACACCUCGGUGGAAACAAACCGCUAUGGUUUUUUCGGAACGGAGUUGCAGUGCCUUGUGCAACGGGGGCGUUCUGAUUUUAAAAACAAAACUGGAAGCCCCUCGUCCUUACUACUGCAGGGGGAUCUGUGCACAUGCCACAUUGCUGCGCUUCCCGGUUUGGGAGCAGUGCAUUGUGGUUGGCCAACUGCAAGACGGAAUGCGGGGAUCGGCACAGAGGUUGGAACUCCGCUGUGCUUGGAAAUGGAAACCCACCGUGCUUAGAAUUUCUCUGGGGGUAGCAAACGCUUCCUUACAUUUAAUCAUGCUAGAAUCAGCGUGCUUGUUUAUGUGUGAAAAAAACCCAACAACCCAUCUCAUAAUAAUUGACGACAUUCUUCAUAGCCACGAGCUCGCCUUGUCUUCAAGGUGCGAGCCCGGCUGGCCAAUACUUGUCUUUAAACUGUACAAACUACACCCACACCUUCUCGAUUCCUCCAUCGCUGUCCACAUAUAGGCGAGACAGAACAGUGUUAUUUAUUACAAAGGGUGAUAAGUCUUGGGCUUUUGCUGGUGAAGGAAGAAGAGCCCCUGGUGACAACAGAGAGAUGUGCAGUUGGUUUGUUGAGGGGAAGGAGAGACUUGAAGCUGGAGAGAAAUUAGAAUAGACGAGAGUUUUAAAGAUGUGUGUGUGUGUGUGUAUGUGUGUGUGUGUGUGUGUGUGUGAAU